CAGCACUGCGCCCGCACUGGGUUUUUUUUAGCUCUGGACCGCUGGAACACUGUGGGGAUCUGCUCUCUGUCUCGUUUUUUUUUUUUUUUUUUACUUGGAAACGCUUUUUCUAAAACGAUCAUAAUACACAUUUAGAUUCUCCAGACUGACAUUCAUUGUUCUAACACCGAACAAAGGCGUCUAUCAGUACCAGGACAUCCACUCCCCUGUGAGCCCAUUUCCAAAGCUGUCUGGUAAGGCGAGCUCGGAUAGCCGGUGGAACAGGCACCACUGCCAUUACUGUGUUUUUGAGGGGUGUUUUUUGGACGCGUAACUGAGACCAGUCCGGGAUCUAAAUCCGUGCAGUCCAGGGGAGAUGAGUUUCAGGACCACGGAGAGUUGGCGCUGCGUUAACAGCACUUGCGCAGAGAAAGUUGAGCCCUUCCCGCCGCCGCUCUCCUCCACCUUCGCCCUUAUUCUCCUCGGCGCGGCGAUCGUCGGCGUCGUGGCGCUCUCUCUCGCCACGCACCACUGCCACAAAGGCAAGAUGAAGAGACGGAAGAUCCAACGAGCCCAGGAGGAAUACGAGAGGGAUCAGCUCAGCCCUGUGCCGCCAGCGAGAAAAGCGGAUCGCUGCGUGAUCGUGCGUCCUGCCGCCGGACCCACCGAACCUCCGCAUGUCCGUCAGCAUAAUGCCGCCGCUUUUUCCGCGCACACCGGAGCUGUGGAGGCCGGAGUCCUCGAGGCUGUAGCUGUAUCACUAUAACGUGUCAGAUAUCAAACUAUAUAUGGGACUUGGGUAUGUCCUGGAUGCAUUGUGAAACCCCCAUGCCGCUCCGUAUUACUCAUAACAUACGUGGGACAUGUCCGCAUUUUUGUUUCCCGUUUUCUUCUCCUCUAUAGGAAAACAACUCAUUUUCUCUGCUUUCAAUAUAUUUAAUAUCCAAAUAUAUAAAACUGCACUGUGUAGAGCAUCAUGCCAGCUGUGGACUGUAAUGAAGCUCAUCAACCUUGAGCUGCAGUUUACCGAUUGCUGCUGUCCAAGGUGCUGAUCAUUUGAUACUCCACACAGAUUUGCCUCCUGCUCCAUAACGUACCAGAUGGAAAAAUAAAGGUUUUUUUCUUUUUUUUUUUUAUGUAAUACGAAUUGUAACAAACUCCUUUUGAAUUCACUGAAGGGCUUAAAGGUCUAUACUGUAUGAUGAAGCAGUUUUUUGUUUUGUUGCUUUUUUGCAUAAAGAGAAAAAGCAGUUGAUGGUUACACUAAUGUAAAUUGACUCAUUUAUGUGUUUACUUUUUAAUUUGUCACGUGAUUUUGUUAAACAGUUUACUCAGAGUCAGACAACAAUUAUACCAAACUUAUAUAAUAAGAAAUCAUUUGUACUACAUCAUGUUUACUAAUGUAUAACCUGCCUUGAUAGCACACUUAACAAGUUGAAUAAAAUGAACAUUAAAGGAAAUAUAAAAGGAGAUUAGUCUUGAAAGAAAUAUAAAGUUUUAUUGGUGUUUUUGAAUUUGAUUUUUAAAUAUUUUAUAGUGUAUCAAUGAAAGCUAGCUAUUGUAGUUGCUAAUUAUUCAUGCUAAAUAGUUAUUAAAAUAAGUUAUUAAACUAUGCAUGUGGCAAAUUACUUAUUAUGAAUUUAUGCCACAGAAAUCUCACAGUCUUUUUUCUUCUUCUUCUUCUUCUUCUUCUUCUUCUUCUUCUU